AUGCUGUCCCUCCCCACGCGGCUCGUGUUCGGCAAUCCGACCAAGAUGGAUUUCAAACUCUCGCAGGUCGACGGCAUCGCGCGUCUGUACUCGGAACGUCACAUUCCCUACCACGACUCCAAGUACUGGUCACGCUUUCUGCAGCUCGACACCGCCACCCAAGUGUAUUCCCUGCUCUCGCUGGCGGAUCUGCGACGUGCGAGCAAGAGCGCUCCUGAAAACCUUGUGACUUUGGUGCGCGUCAUGGUGGCGCAUCUCGAGAGUCUCUUGGUCGAUCCUUGGUUUGAGCCUCCCGCAUCCAGUGGUGCACCUGACGCCAACCAGCAAGCGUCAGGGCUGGCAGCUAGGCUGAAUGGCUUGGCAGAUGUGUCCAAGUGGAAAGAGCUAGGUGGCUCGCUCAUGUGGCCGGAUUCGGCUCAAGUGCGACCAACAUCGGAUCACAGGGAUAGGACAAAAGAGGCUCUCAACGUCAUUCGUAUCCUCACAAGGACGCUGCCGGCUGUCAUGGAGUCGGACGACGCUUCGUUCGAGCACCAAGUGCUGUGGACGCAGGCACCCGAUGCGUAUACACAUCCUGACGCCUCGCAAAACACUGGUGCCAAUGCUGUAAACCCCGGCACAGACCAGCCCAAGCACGAGCUGGACAGCUCGACACACUUUGUCAUUGACGACGACCACGACAACCAAGACGACCAAGCCACGCGUGCGCCCAGCGUCGAGACUAGUCGACAUCCACUCAGUACCGACCAAAGCGAAACGCACAACGACCAAGAGCCAAUACCAGUAGCGUUGGGAGAACGUCUGGUCACGCUGGUUGUCGAUCUGCUCUUCUGCUCCGGCUUCAGCCUGCCAUGGACGCAAGACCAGCUCGAACAAGGUGCGGCCAGCGCAUCUGCUCGACGCAUCCACUACUCGAUCUGGCAAGCAGGCGUAGGGAGCUCGGUCGACCUACGCGGUACUACUCGUUGGCACCUCUCGAAUCGCGUCGAGCUUCUUCGCUUGCUCCUCGUCCUGCUUUCGAAAAGCAUCUACAUUCCUGCACACCUGCAAACUACGCAAGCCAAUCCGGCGCUUGCAUUUGCCGUUCGGGAUCUGGACCAAAGUGUAAUGCUGCCUCUGAUGUGUAGUCUGAUCAAUACGAGCAUCGCCAAUGCGCGCAGCUCCACGGCGGCGUGGUUCGGCUUGCCUGCUGUUGGCAGCCUGGUCGGUGCUUCGAACGAUCAAGUGCGCACGGAUCUGGUCACUUUGUCUCUGCAGGUCCUGGAUGUGCUGCUCACGUACCCCGGUGUCUUGGCGCCAGAAACAGAUACCGCGAGCCUGAGCCCAACCACGCUCGGCCGACCACUGCGUGGACCAGGCGGACGCAACGUGUUUCGCUUCUAUCUCAGCAAGCUGCAUCGCACAGCAGAUUUCGACUGGAUCUGGACCGGCAUGUCGAGAUGGUUCAACGAGCACGUCAACUCUACCACUCAGAUGCUUGCGAUUCCGAUCGCGCUGCGAGGUCGCGCUCAGAGCGCAGCCGAGACAAGCGCGCAGCUCACUCAGGUGGCUGAGCGUCUGGUGUUGCUGUGGCAGUUACUCGAGCACAAUCGCAAGUUCCGAGCAUUUGUAUUGGACGAUCCGAUGCGAGCGCCCGAGCUGCUGCGCGUCCUGCUGUACUUUGCACUUAGCUACAAGGCCAACGUGGCGAUGCAGGGGUUGGUGCGUCUGUGUGCCUUCAUGCUUCAGGACGUAUCUAGCGAACCGAGCUUUGCUGUACAGCUAGCCAAGCCGGCAAGUGCAGCCAAAGUGGAGCUCCCCCGUCGUCUGGGACUGGCGGCAGCCAAUACGGCGAUUGAUUACCUGGUACAGGGUGUGUAUAAUCUCAUCGCUACGACUCACGGCCAGCUGGCAACGCUGUAUGCGCCACUCGUCAUUUCGCUCACCAACACAGCGCCUGCUUGGCGCAACCUCUCGAUCAGCGCAUCGACGCGCAUACUUCAUCUGCUCACGUCGUUUUCGCAGCCCGCGUUUUUGCUGUCCGAGGAGCGCAAUCCGCGGCUGCUGUUCUACGUGCUGCAGACGAUCAACGCCGUGUUGACGUGUGCAUUUCAGGAAAAUGUGAACCUCGUGUACUCGCUCGUGCUGGCAAGAGGCUUGGUGGAAGAGCUCGAAACAUUUGAGUUGCGCAAGGCGGUGGAGCAAGUUUGGGCAAGACGGCGGAGCGUCGGGACUGAUACCAGGGACUGGUUCGAGGGACACGAGCGACUGCAAAAGCGCGAGCAUUCGACGUCGGGCGUGACAGACGAGCAUGCAGCCUGCAACGUGGAUAAAGGCAAAGCGAGACGUCUGUCCAGCUCGUCUACUGAGCGUGCACGUGGUGCGAUGAGCAAGAGCGAGUAUUGCGGCGAGCUGUGCCAGUAUCCGCUGCACGUUGUUGAGAGUGUCGCAGCGCGGUAUAUUGGCAAGCACGCAUUUCGUCCCACGCAAGCAUGGGUCGAGUCGUGGCACUCGCGCCUCCCGCUCUGCACGCCUCGACUAGUGAUCGAUCGACUGCUGCCGGACAUCGAGCGCAUUGCCGCUCUUCGCUCCAGCUCAGCCAAGCUCGACACCACAGCUGGCGAUACUGAUGCACGAGUCCUCGCGUAUCUCAGAGAACAGCGCAUCCCCCACUUGACGCCUCCCGUCGGUGGCUUUCAUCCCAGACCCUGGUCUUGGACAGACCACGCGCUUGUGUGGCUGUCAAGUUAUCUAUGGGGCCUAGUAUACCUCAAUGGCUUGCUGCCUUGGGGCGUGUGGAGCGAUACCGAGGUGAGCCUGUUUAGGCUCGUGCGCGACGCCCAAGUCACGUCCAGCAACGCUCCGCCCGCUCCACCGCGAGCACCAGAGCACACGCACAUGUCACCCCGACCCAGCUAA